AUGUCAUCCUCUUGGCUUUGGCAUUUCAUUACCGUCUCCGAAGAGGAGAAGCUUCGGCGCCGGGAGCUGCUCGACUUGCGCGGCGCUCUGGCGCAAGUAUCAAUCGUUGUAGUAAUUAUCGCACUCCGCGUUUACCAAGCCUGGGCUACAGCCCGGAUCCCUGGCGACGUGCCAAAGACGCGCCGUGGACCAAGCUCGUGGUGGGAUCGCCCGCUGAUUGCUGGAUGGAUCGAAACCCGGAGACAGUAUCUUGUCUGCAGCGUGUGGCUAGCGUGGUUAUUGAGCCUCGCUGUAUGGAAUAGCGGUGAUGACUACCUCCACCUAACCAAAGCCUUGGGCCACAUCGCCCUUUCCCAAGUCCCUCUCCAAGUCCUGAUGUCCCCGGCGGCAUACAUCUCAACCACGAAACCAUCAGCAGCAUCAGCAUUCUCAUUCGUAACAUCCAUCCCGCAAGCAACCGUGACUCCAUACCACCGGCUGUUUGGUCGCGUGGUCAUCGCUCCUCUCCUCUUCGGGCACGCCUCUCUCUAUCUACUAUUCUUCGUGCAAUCGAGCCACCCGGAGUUUAGCUCGCUUCUCGCCAAGCGAGUCCGUGAUUUUGACGUGCAGUGCGGCCUCCUUGCGCUAUCUACGGUGGUGCUGCUUCUGAUUUUCGUCCGGCCUCGCGGUGUUGCGCGAAAGAGCGGGGCCCAACCGGCUACGUCUAUGCAGGAGCGGAGACGGACAUUUUACUUCGGACAUGUGUUGCUGGUGAUCGUUUUGUGUGCUUUGGCCUACUCGCAUGUUGGAUACGCGCAGAAGUAUAUGCUUCAGGCGCUGGGGGCUUCGGUGGUCAAUGGAGGUUGUUCUGUGGCUUUGGUUCGAUGGGGAAGUAAAGCGUAA